CGCCGGAGCACCCGGAUCGCCGGAACCGAGAUCGCCGACCGGCAAAUGUAGACUCCCCGGGGCUCGGAGACUCUGGUUCGACCGGCCCGACCUUGCAGCUGCACGUCGCCGCUUCGACCGGCUCGACUUGGAGCUGCAAGGCGAUCCGGCAGAUGCGGGGUCGCGGCGGCCCGGCGACUCUGCUUCGACCAGUCCGGCUCUGCAGCUGCAAGUCGGACCGGCAGGAGACGCGCGACCGCAAAGCUCGAAGCUGAUUCUGAAGACUCAAACUCGGAGCCAAGCUCGGAGCUGAAUCUGAAACUCAGACUGGAAGGCACUUCUGAGCUUCACACUCGAAGACGAGUCUGAGACGCAAACGCAAGCCCGAAAGUGGUAAGAGGCAACGCCAAUCACCACCUAAAUCCGUCCUUCUGGCAACGCCAGACACCACCUAACUCCGUAGCCAUUUUGGCUCAAGGCCUUGCGCCUUGUUGCCGCGUUUCCAUAGAAAAAGGGGGCCGCGCUGCCCCACGUGCCCCCGGAGUGAGAGCGAGAUACGGUCGCGGGCAGGCGGCCACUAGAGUCAGAAACAAAAUAGAAGACGCGUCGCCACUCAUUCUUUCGCCGCCCUGGGCCCCUCUGCAUUACGGCCCAGGGGCUCUACACAUCCGGCGCUGCCGGAUGCUUCCCUUCGUGUAGCAUUGGCGUGCGCAGAAGAUCCCUGACGUUUUCGUCUUCUUUUCGGAUGGGGCCCCCGGGUUACACGCAAAAGUCGGGCGACACCUCGCCGCGUUCUCCUUUUUCGAAGUCGCCGACAGCCGCCGGGUCGUCGUUGAGGCAUGCUCUUUCUGGUCAGGGGCACAGUAAAGAUCGAGUCGUGCUUUCUAGUCAAGGCGUGGAUCAUAUUGCUGACCAAGCGCGUGGAGGCGGCUUCGCGGGCGGGAUGGUCAGGGACUGCGUUUUUUCUUUUGCUUUUAUUUAGUGCGUCCACAUCUACAUCAACAUCCGAAGCAGCUUUAUCUAUGAGUGUGCGUCGGUGGGCUGCUAGCGGAAAUAAGCAAAGUUCUAGCUGUCCACCUGCUCGACACUGGAGUCCUAGGCUUUUACACCUCGCGGGGCUAUUUGUCGGGUGGGUUUUUGCAUCGCGACCAAUGUCGAAGCUUGGGCUCCGGGGAGGUAUGGUUUUAGAGCAGUCCCGACAUUUCUCAUUUCGUGCUGCCUCACGUGCGGCGCUUCUUUCCAAAAUCACACUAAAAAUAGAUGGAGGAAGGGCGGCGCGCGGCUUUCGCCAUGUGCUGCCCUUCCUCGCGCCAACCCGGGACAAGGAUUCCCGCAGGGGCUGCUGA